ACGUGACGCGCGGGGCCGGCCCCUGCCUGGGGCUGAGGUUCCUGGGAGCCUCCCGCCUUUCGACCCCUUCGGGCCCUAGGUGGUGAGGGACCCUCCUGCGACCGCUCUGGCCUGCUUUUGCCCUUAGGGGGCCAUGGACCCCUCUGGAUCUCCGCCCCAAGUGCUCCCUGCGGAGAGGAAGUCCCUUUCCGGGGUUUCAACAGAUUGAGGUGGUGCAAUGCAGCAAGAGGGAGGUGGAUGCAGACUUCGAGCCAGAAGGCCUGAUAUGGCACUCUAUGUACCCAGAGCUCGAAGGGGUGCAGUGCUUCUCAAGACAGGUGAAAAGGAAAAGAGCUGUAGUCCAGCUAACUCUGCGGUGAAAGAAGAGAACAGUUGCUUCUCCCAAAAGAUAUUUAGAGACAAACUUGAAGCUCAAAAACAAAAUAUUAAUCCUGAUGGAAAGGAACAUAAUGUUAGAAGAGGAAAGAUAUCUUCAACAAAAUUAAGAAAAGACACAUGCCUUCAAAAAAGAAAUAAAGAUGGGGUUUGCACUAAGAGAGGGACCACAGAAUCCAAAGAAAUAUUGUCCCAAGAACAUCAGCACGGGAUCCCAAAUGCUGGGAUUGCACCUCGUAUACCUUUACAAAGACAUUUUAAACCAAAGAGGAUGGAGUGUUUGGAGGUGGAAACUACAGAUGUGAUAGAACAUGGGAGGUUGCCUCUAUCAGAGACUUGUUCAGAAAUCACUGAGGCACAAGUUGUAAACAAACCAUUCCAGAAUAUCAAAUUCAGUCAUUUUAGUAGGCAUGAACUAAGUGGGGAAAUUUUUGAAGACAGAGAUUUGGAAAGCAGGAAUGAAACCAAUGCCAAAAUCGGAGAAAUACUAUCCCAGUUUCCUGGAGUUUUUAGUUCUGUAUCAGAAGCUGAGAGCAUGAUUAUACCAGUUAAACUAAGCUCUGAUUCCGAAACCAUACAACAAGGUAUGCCAACAUCAGAUGGAAUGUUGAGGCUCAGUAGUGGAGGCGUCACCACUGUUAGUGUCUCUGGACAUCCAGAUGGUGUCAUUGACCAAACUUGUGGGGACUUUGGACCUGAGAAUGUAGGUGAUACAGUCAAUAAUACAGAUUUCAUCUUGAAUCAGGAAGGUAUAGAUUCUAUUCCCGAGACUUUGGGUCCUGUUGCUCAUGGACAGACUAUAGUCAGCAAAUUAGAGAGCACAAAUGUCAUUGCUGAUCCAAUGAUGAUUAGAGAGUGUGAAAAGAAUAGUCUCAGCGCCAGUGACGCUUGUAUAAAGUAUGGACUUUCUGAUAGAGCUGUCUUUUCUCGUGAAACAGAUAUAGAUACUAGAUCUAAGAAUAUAGAUGACAUUACGAAUAAGGCAUGUAUGAUGGACAUUGCAGAUGCUGUAUGUGAUCAUUUAACUCUGGACAGUCCUUGUGAAGUAGCAAGUGGAGUGGCUGAUGAGACCUGUAGCAAUGUGACUUAUUUCUCAAAAUAUAUAAAAAUGAGUGCAGAUGUAGCCCCUCUUCAGGAAGUUACAAGUGGGAACAAUGAAAAUUUCAGCAAUCUGACUGCUUACUCAGAUACUUACACUGAGAAUAUUUCGUCUAAUUGUACAGAGUCAACAGGAAAGUUGAUAGAGAACUUGUCAGGUUGUGCUUCCUCCUUACCUAUAAAGAAGAUUGCUGUUAGUAAUUGUAACACUUUUUUGGACUCUGAACUCAGUAUGUUAAAUGGGACAAAAGUACUUUCAGACAGUGCCUUGGGCAGUGAUCUGGAUGGUACCGGCGAUAUAACAAAAGAAUUACAUGAGCUAAGAACUGCUGAAGAUUUCAAAACAAAAGAGCAAGAUGACUCAGGGAAUAUAGAACUUGGUGUAUCCUUUCCUGCUGGAGAAUCCUCUGUGGAAACACCCAUGGAACUGAAAGCAGCUGAAACAUCUCCCAGGGAGGGAAGUACUGCUCCUGAGGAGACCUGGGAAUCUAUGUUUAAUGAUGAUGGUGACUGCCUGGAUCCCCGUCUUCUACAGGAGUUAUCAGGGAAUAUAAACAGAGAAAGCAUCCAGGAACCUAGAUUUGAUUAUUAUAACCAUAAAGUUCCUGAUAUUGACCUCAGUGAGUGUGAAUUCCCUCAUGUCAUUGAAAUUUAUGACUUCCCCCAAGAAUUUCGUACUGAAGACCUUCUACGGGUUUUCUGCAGUUAUCAAAAGAAAGGUUUUGAUAUUAAAUGGGUAGAUGAUACACAUGCCCUAGGAGUAUUCUCCAGUCCAGUUACAGCUCGUGAUGCUCUGGGUAUUAAACAUACCAUGGUGAAGAUUCGACCUUUGUCACAGGCCACAAGAGCAGCCAAGGCCAAAGCUAGAGCUUUUGCUGAGUUCCUCCAGCCAGCAAAGGAGCGGCCUGAGACUUCAGCAGCUCUAGCCAGAAGGUUAGUCAUCAGUGCCCUUGGGGUUCGAAGCAAACAGAGCAAAACAGAUCGGGAAGCAGAGCUCAAGAAACUGCAAGAAGCCCGAGAGAGAAAACGAUUGGAAGCCAAGCAACGGGAAGACAUCUGGGAAGGCAGAGGCCAGUCUGCAGUUUGAACAUCACCCAAAGAAAGAGAUAACUUUAUGACUCAGAAAAUGUUUCCAUAGUCUUCAGAUAAGAGGAUGUUUCCAGAGCUCUGCACAUGCAGGUGUGCAUGUUAUAGAGUUAAAAGUGAUGGAAGCGAAGACUGAAUGGGUAUAUAAAGAAGAUAGAUUCCUGUCUUCACUCCUCACUGCAGUUCUUUGGAAUAUACUACUGUGGUGGGCGUAGAAGGGAGCCAUCAGCUAGGAAGAAAUCUGGAAGGUGUGACUUCCAUGAGUCUUCUGGACUAUGCACGUCAUGUUAGUGUGGUUCACCAAGAUAUUUAAAGCAAAAGCAAACAGAGGAUUCAAACCUGCAGUGAUGGGAGAUUUAGGCCUCGCAAAGGCAGAGCAUUCCUUAGUCCCUCACAAAGCUGAAAGCAGCAAUAUUGACAGCAUGGGAGGGGGGGCAAGUGUGGAGCAGUUAGUACAAAGAGAAAGAAGACAGGGAAGCUACACUGCCAGUCCUAGGACUCCAGAGUUCGUGCAGUGGAGUCCAGAGCCUGUACUAGCUAAGUGCCUGGGGCUGCUCCCACUGCACAGCAGCCAGUGCCAGCUCCAUUCCUCAUGGUCAGCCAGUCUUGGAGCUGUGUGCCAGUUCCAGUUCAAGGAGUAAUAUCCUGUUGUAAGAGGGAUAUAUUAAAGCCCAUUUUAUGGCAUAUAUCACUCUGGUAUUUGUCAAUCUUGUCAUUCCCACAAAGAAAUAAGAGAGCAGCUCUCUUAUCUUUAUGCCCAUAUUAACCCUACCGAGUAGAGAGCUGAACAUUUCCCGGUUCCAACAUAUUCCACAAAAGUGACCACCCUGGGAUUGGUAUGUGGUAGCUCCCCUCCCCUUGCCUUCUUGGACACCCCCACCCAAACCUCUUGCCUUUUCCCUUCUCUGUCAGAUUUUGACAUCCUGCAGAAAACAUCUGGUACAUAGCAUGUUUUUGGUAUGAUCUUCUCAGCCUGUGCCAGAGGCACUUGGCAAGCAGCACCAGACCAUCCAUUACAGUGAUGAGCAGCCAGGAUAAAGUAAACAUCUCUAGGCAGUGAGAGAGAUUUCCUGAAGGACAUGGACAAGUCAGAGCCAUCAGCUCAGGCUUUAUCCAUCUCAUACCUGCAUUCUCAGUGUUUUUGGAAAGUAGUUCUACACUGAAAAAAUGGCAGUGCUAGACCUUAUAUGCUGAGGUGGCAAGAAAUAGUAUCCCAUUCUUUAGGGCAAGAGUUUCAUUUUUUGAUUUAGUGCCCAUGAUAAUGACAGAUUGUUAGCAGUGCCUAAAACGUGGGGGAAUGGGAUUCUGUUCAAAUAUUCCUCAAACGACUCUGGAUUGGGGACUUAGUUUUGACCAAAGAACUCUGCUGCUGUUCCGAUCUUAGAGGUCUCUCACUAUUCCUCAGCAUUCUUUUCUCAUUCUUGGUCAGUUCUGCCAGUUUGCCUUGCUCCUGUUUGGUGCUUCCAUGCCAAGUUUAGGGGAUUAAAUAAAUUGUUCUCUUGACUCUAUCACUGUUGCUUAGACCAGUGUCCCUCUCAUAAGCUUACAGUUGCAGGACUUGUGCUGUCUUCAUGGAACAGACUUCUCUGUGAUGGGUAGAUCUGUUUGAAUAGUAUGACUGAAAGAAAGAAAAUGUAGGGAACUGCAGCAUGGCUUCACACUCAAUGGUAUACCUCUGAGCUAAGCCUUUGCUAUGUUUUGUUUCUUCUACAAGGCUAAGAAUGACCUUGAGCAGUGAAAAAGAGAUGACUGCCUGUCACUUGCCUGUAAGUGGGCUUCCCCUCUCUGGCUGUAUUUUAGCUUUGAAUGGCAUUGUUGAUGGUAACAUAUAGCUCUAUGUUUAUUGCCCAGCUUUUUUAUACAUCUCAUAAUUUUGAGAAGUUACUUUUGUUCUCAUUCUAAUACUCUAUACUGUAGCCUAUCCCCGUUCUCAUCUAAUAACCAGCUACCUAUAAAUUUCUGAUUUAUCCUUACAAGCAGACCCAGGAGAAAGAUUUUUAAUUUUUUUUUUUUAACCAACACUUGACAGGGAGUUCUCUAUUUCUACCAUUAGUUGAGAAUGUGCUCUUUAGUUAUAUAUUCUCCCAGUAUUCUGCCCAGCAUACAUUACCUCAGGCUUGCCAGAGGGGAAUCAAAUGCUUGGCCAUAUCUAACGCAAGCUGACUUUCACUGGAGAGCACACAAUAGCUUCCCCUGGCUCCUUUGUGAGAUGUCCAGGAAGACAGCUAAUACAGUCUGCUGUUCACAUAACAUUAUUUUGUAUAUGUUAAACAUCUAAUCCCACAAUCAUCUGCAAUUUAUAAUAGAAAGACAUAGUCUCCCUGAAUCCUAAUAUACUCCUCAUAGAGUGAAAAUUCUUUAUAAAAUAGAAGUAGAUUAGGCUUCUGAGGAGUAGAGGUUCCUAGCACCUUAGUGUCUCUGAGACUAAAUUAUGCAAGUUGAAAGUCUUCUGAGGUUUUGGGUUCUGCCUGGAAUUUGUUGGUUGGUAUUCUGUUAACAUCCCUCAUCUAGUUAUUAAGUUAUUCCAGCCAUCAGUCUUGCCAUGUUCUUCCCUUCCAACUCAGAGGUAUAACAGUACAACCUUUGUAUAACUUUUUCCAGGAAUUAGAACUGGCUGCAUCUAUCAAACAAGUGAUGUGGGUAGCAAGACUGACACCAGAGCUGGUGGCUGUCUGCCUGACCUGCUUUUUGUAGCCAUGUUGGAAACUAGAUCCAGCAAGAAGCUGAGAGUACCUCCAUACCUGAAUCUAUUCACGUCACCACUUGCUGUCCUGCUAGCUGCACCUCCCUUCACAGGCCAUUAACUGCAUGUAUGAGUAUAAUGUUGUUACUGUUUGGGAAAUGUUUGCUGAAUCCAACAGGAAAUCAGUCCUUCCCUUGUUUACCUAAACUGCCAUGCUAAAAUAUAAUGCUUCAUUCGCCUAAUGAAGGAGACGAGGAGUGGAGAGAAGGUAAAGGAGAAGGAGGAAAGCACUCCCUUGUCAUAGAGGAUACCCCAGAACAUGUCUUUUUUUUUCCUUCCUAAGGAGAGGGGUUGUUAUUGUGAUGUGUGGAGGGGAGUACUGUUAUAAAUUUCCUGUAUCUGGUACCAUUCCUUGUAGUUUUGUAAGCUUUGUUAGGAAAGUUUACAAUCCUUGACUUUACCUUCUUGUUUCUACUUUUCAUCUUUUAACCUUUCUAACCCCUGUUGCAGCAUUGAUCCUGGGAAGGGUAAUUGGGAAGCAGAUAAUAGGCUGUCAUGAGUAGUAUGUGUGUCAUGUGCACCCUAGUCCCCAGCACAGGGAGUGAAAAGGAGUGAAGUUAGGGUGCUGGCAACGGUACGUAACCACAGCUGCUCUUUGUCUUUGUAGCAGUCCAUAACGAGCAACCUUUAUUGACAAUGGGAGGAGGGGUCAUACCUGUACGGAUUAUCUUUUAAGUGCGUCUCAAAGGAGAAAAGAUCAAGAAUCGUGUCCAAGACCAUGGAAUUAUAUACUACCUGAGCAAGAGCAUGGUGCAGUCAUGCCAAGCAGGGUGAUAGCUUUUCCUAAGUUCAGUCCUUAACUAAAUUAAAUGUUCCCCCUUCUGAUUUCUCCUGAGUCUUUUGUCCCUCACUCUAUCACAUCUGUCUUCAUGUUCCUAUAGAGAUGAGUGGCUUGUUUGACUGAUGUUCUUUCCAUUACAAAAAUUCAUUCAAUGCAAAGUUCAUUUGGUUGAGACCUGAAGCCUAGGCCAAUCCUGAGAUGCAUGGUGGUCCUGAGAGAGAUUGGAUUGUCUGCCAGAUUAUUUGACACAAUUUUUUUUCCUUAGCAGAGGUCCUGGCAGGAGCUGAGGUCCCUAUUAGCUCAGUGGUCUUCUUGCUUGGCCUUCUUGUGCUGCGCUGCAGAAAGGCCCUGUCUAGCCGUGUCUGUGAAACUUGCCCUUCUCAAGCACUCAGUAACUGGCAGUGUUGGCCGUUCAGGAGAUUAGGGGAUGCCGAGGCCUAAGCUUCUGGGGUGUGCAGUAGGAUAGUUCAGACUGCUGAAGAACAGACUCUCGCAGAGCAGGGGUGGGUUCCACAUGAGGACAGAUAAAGUGAGGGGCUGAGUCCUUCAGCAUCUCUGGUAGUUGUGCCUCUGAGACUGUGUGUUGCUUUGAGUCCCUAGCAGUGAGCUAACCCCAUCUCCUGUGUGAGUCCUCUGUCCUCUGCUCCAAGACAUUCGCAAAGCACUGCUUAGAUGGGGGACUGGUCCUGAAUCCAGAACUCUAGCAAGAUCCAGGAAAAAUUGGAUCUCCUUGUGGAAGAGGAGCUCAGCUGACUAAAGCAUGGAGACCAUACUCCACAGGCCACAGGCCCCACGGGGAGAGGCCCAUAGCCACCCAAAGGGAGCAGUACCAUCCUGGUUUGGUGAUCUUGCCAUCCAAAGGCUUCCUGAGCAGGUACUUGAUGCCCCUUGGCACUGGCCCCAUUUAUUAUGAAUUAGGGCUCUGUGAAGGGCAUGGCUCCAGUAAGCUGAGGUAUCUGGUGUUGGUGUGUAGGCAGCAGCUAGGAGUGUGCAGUGAUGGCUUCAGAUGAGGUUGUUCCUGAGUCUCUGUUCCUGUUCCAGGGAGAGCUCUGCAUUGGCUCGGUAUGAAUCUCCUGUGGGCCAAAGGAAAACAGCUGAAUAGCCAACCCUUCCCUGACAAGUUCACACAGACACAUUCUGCCCAGUUUAACCUUAAAAUCAGAUCAGUCGAGGGCAUAAACACUAGUCAUACUAUAGAAACAGACCCUGGACAGGUGUGUGGUUUCGCGGCCACCAGAAAGGAUAGGCUGUUGUGUGGGCAGGGUGGUACUGCUGCUUCUCCUUUGCCCAUUUCCCCAGAUUUAUUCUUUGAACUUUAUUCUCUCUGUCUUGACCUCUAGAGAUCGCAUCUUGGCAUCACCCUGGCUCCCUUGUCCUCUGGUAUCUAAGUGAGUUAGGUCAGUAUGAAGCUACAGCAGGAAGUUUAGAGGAUGGAAGGGGAAAGAGAGUUUGGGCAUUUCUUCCAGAAGUGAUAGUCUUUUGACUCCAGCUCCAGCUCCAUGCUUGAGCCUUGCCCUGGCUCCAGCACAUCCCUUACCCCUUGAAGCCUAAAGGGAAUGACAGUUUUUCACUCUUGUUUAUACGUGGAGGUCUCAAUAUCUCCUUGUUUCCUUAGUCCUAUGCAUACCUCCUUAAGGAAUCCUUUUGUGGGGCUGGUGUUGGGGCACAGUGAGUUAAACUGCCACCUGCAACACCAGCAUCGCAUAUGGGUGCCAGUUCAAGUCCUGGCUGCUCCACUUACAAUCCAGCUCCCUGCUAAUGUGCCUAGGAAAGCAGCAGAAGAUAACCCAAAUACUUGGGCCCCUGCCACCCAAGUGGGAGACCUGGAUGGGGUUCCAGGCUUCUGGUUUCCACAUGGGCCAGCCCCAGAUGUUGCAGCCAUUUGGGGAGUUAACCAGUAGAUGAAAGAUCUCUCUAUCUCUCCCUAACUCUCUCUAUAACUACAUCUUUGAAAAAAUAAAUCUUUUAUUAAAAAAAAAAAAGAGUAUUUGUCUUUAAGUAACUCCAGACUCUCAGCUGAGUGUGCCUUCUGUUUCUGUGAGGACCCUGACAGGUCUGUAAUCAUUGGUGGAAGAACCUGCAGAGUUACAAUGGUUGUUCUUGCCUCUCACUGCUCUGGACCCCUUGCAGCCUGAUUCCAGCAUUAUGGAGGACCUGCUGUCUCUGUAGACAUGGCCUUGGAUGCCAAUUUCUUACUUUCUCCCGUACCGCCAUCUCAUUUAAUGUCAGAAGAACAUUUAUCCAAUAGUCACACAAGUUUGGAACUUUAGACUGUUCGUUCUUUUCUCUGUCUUCUAUGUAUUGCCAGUUAUUUUUUGAAAACAAAAAUAAUUCCCUGACUGAAAUUUCUCAGUGGUUCUAAGAAGCCCUUAGCACAAAGUCCAUCAUUAUCUUAGAACCACCAUAACCCUACCUAUAAAGAACUUUAAGAGGUUGGAAGUACACAAACCACUUUUACAGUGGAGAAAACUCAAGUUGGGAUUUCUUCAUUUGCUUUGAAGCGGGAAAGUAGUCAAAUUGGAUUUGGAACCCAACAAAGACAUCUGAAGCCCAAUUUUAUUCUUUCUCCUACUCUUUAUCUUUGAUUUUUAACCUUCCUUUAAAACCUAGCUCAAAUAUCACUCCCUCAGAAACCUUUUUUAGUCCCCAGGUAGUUGCUUUCUCUCUUUGCUUGCUCAGCAUUUAGUUCAUUCCUGUCUGAGGUACUGAAUAGCACUGGGCUUAUCUAUUUAUGGAUCUCUCUGUAUGCCCUGCCUGACACUGAGCUCCCACACCUUACUUCUACUAAUGGCAUGAUGUUCAACACAACAGUAGGCCUUAAUAAAAAUGUUGAUUAAAUGGACAAUUCUGCCCCACCCUACCCACCCCACAUAGGCAAGUACGGCUGCAAGUGCAUACAUACACUCUUGUGAAAAUGUAGGCACAUGAAACAUGAAAACAGAAGGAUUCUUUACAAACCAGUAAAAGCUACCUCCUUACUCUGCCUCUUCCUCCCAUCCCUACCCAUGGAUUGCUGCUUCUUUCUUUGUCUGACAGGCCCAAUCCUGUAAGUGUCCCUGUUCACUUUGUUCUUUUUUAAGCAUUGAUCACAGCUGGGGUAGUAGCACAGAUCAAGGGGGACUAUUUUGUGAGGGUAUCCGCUUAGGAAGGAGGCAAUUGAGAAAGACCAUUUGAAAGAGGGAAAGUAAUGGACCAGAAAAAUUCUGACAUGGCCUGAGGUGACAGGAGAGAUUCUAGGUCAGAGUAGAAACUUAAGUUUACAAGUAGUCAGCCUUGAAGGCAAAUGGGUAUAGAAGUAGUUUUUUGGUGAGGUUGAUGGCCUGACCAGUUCUAGAAAUCUACCUGUCAAGUUGUUAAAGGAAAUUUAUCUCUGUUGCAUCCCUAGCCUUUUAUGCACACAUACAGGUCACACCCAGGGUGAUUUAGAGUCUUCAGCUCCCUGAGCCCAUAUAAGGCUGGUCCCAAGGUGACUCAGUUACCUGUGUGGCAGUUGUGCAGCCAAACCCGGUGCCCGUCGUACUUGCAGCGACAUCUCAUCAUGUUGUUGGAGAAAUCUGACUCUGCCACCUCAUAUUUGGGGUUCACAACCACCUGGAGCAAGGGGGGGACAAUUGAAAAAGGAAGAUUUGAUUUCUAGGUGAGCUGACAAGUAUAAAAUCUGUCACAUCUUAGGUUGUACCUACUUUAUAAAAUGGGCUUCUUUCUAUGCUUUGCAUCACUAAUCCUUAAAAUCACCCCCAAGAAGUAGGCAUUAAUAGCCCUGUUUUACAACAGAGACUGAGCAGUCACAACUGAAAAGCCGUGAUCUGCCCUGUGCCCAUUGAACCAGAACUCAAACUCAGGUCCUUUGGAUUUUGACCAAGUGUUCUUUCCACAACAUAGCUCCUUCACAUGAUAGCCCCAUUGGAGACUACACGUGAAACCCUCUUUCUUCACUUGAUCUUAGGGAAGGUUUAAGGAUUUCUGGAGAAAUUGGAGCUCCUGUGGGAAAUCCCAAAGGAUUCUCACCUGGAAGAUAUAGUCCCCUGGGCCCACAUCUGUGAUGUCCACCCACUGGCAGUCGAUGUCAUGCCGGUAGGUGUCCCAGCAGCCUACAGUCACUCCCUGUUCUCCGAAGUUGGCACAUGCAUAGCGCCUCUGCAGUCCUGUAGGGAAGGGCAUAGUUGAAGCACUGAAGCACUCUGUUGGUCUUAAAUGCUAUGCUUACACCAGCUUGACCUGCUCUGUGCAAGAAUGCCCAGUUUACAGAUUAGAGACCUGAGGUUCAGUUAAAUGACUGGCCUGAGUAUCAGAGCCAGAAUUGCUACUAACUGUGAAUCCAGCACCACAGCAAACCACAUCUGUGACAAAGAGAUUUCUACUUUGGAUGCUUUAGUGAAAACCUCUGUUGGUCUAGGAAAUGUGGUUAAAAGAUUCCAGCCAUACUGGGCUGAUUUAUUUUUGUCCGUCUAUCUACUCAUCCAUGCAUCCAGCACUCUUAAGUUCCACUGUUUACUGGGCCAUUCUUAAAGGUUAGGAACUCUGGAAAUGCAAACAGGAAUCAAACAACCACUGCCCUCAGCUUAGCAAAGAUGACACGGGUAAGAUGAGAAAUGGAUCUUUUGUAAUUGCCUGGAGUGUUGCUGCCAAACCAGAUCUCCAGGUGCCUGGGGCCAUUGUAAAGGGCAGAGGGGAGCCUGACCCCACAGGGGCUGAGGAACAUAACCUGAGGAGGAUGUGCUGAUAAGAAACCAUGUACCUGCUGGACAGUUUGUGUCUUCUAGACAGAAGCUGGCUUUGUGCCCCUCAGCCACCUUGGAGCCAUUGAGAGUGAGCAGAUCAUAGUGGGUGAAGACCUCGAUGCUGUGGUAGUGCCUGCAGAAAAGGCAGAGCUGUGAGCCAGGCCGCUACGGGAGAGGGCCUUCUGAAGGAGUUGGCAGGGAAGAUGGAGGCGCUGGGCCCCAGCAUCACCCACAAGGGAAAGUUAAACAGGGCAGUGCCCCUCUCCUACCCACACCAAAGUUUGUAUGGCCCACUGACUGCUUUGCUAGCACCCCUGCCAGCUGCCCCCAUCACCUGGUGCCUGGCUGCGAGGCCUGAACCCCAGGUAGAAGGAAGGGGCCCCGGCACGACCAGCCUUAGCGCUGAGCUGCUGGGGAGGGGCACUUACUCUACUCCCUGUCAGCCUCAGACCAAAUUGCUACCGUUGUCUCCAGUCCCCUGUAAUGUUAACUCUGUUCAUGCUACCAGGGAAAGGUGCAUAUUAACUCAGGCAGGCCCAAGUCCCAUAGCCACUGCCCAUUCCCUCUGCUUUCUCCACCCACAGCUGUGUCCUAAAGGAAAAAUAGUUUCUUUCUGUCUUUUGUUUUUUUUUUUCCCCAUUCAGCCUUUGUCACAAGCAUUGUCUCUCCUUCUGUUGGACCUGGAGACUCCUGAUAGGAAAGAAUGCUCACUGUUUCCUUUUUAGGACCCAUCUGUUCCUGCCAUUCUCUGGGGCCGUGCCUUGAUGCUCAGGAACCAACACACUUUUUCUGCAGAGCCAGAAUCCUGGAUAGUAUGUCUAUUUUGAGCAUCCAGGUUUCUACAAGUCCUCACCUUACCUGGCUUCUGAAGACAAAGCCUAAACCCAACAUUAGAAAAAUUGGCCAUUACUGUUCUAACAGAGUCAGCUUCUGGUAGUAGCUAGCCUCUGUGGGACAUUGCUGUGGGAAAGAGACCUCAUGAGCAUCAUCAACACAGGUUCAUCCAGGGAAGGCAAGACACAGAGGGCCAGCAGAUCCUACUCAGAUUCCCUGAUUGCCUCCUUGGGGCAAGGCCGGUAAGAUGUCUGGGAAGGAAGAUGUGUCCAGGGUGCAGGCUCCUCUCACGAAAGUGCGCCUGAGGCCAGGAAAGAGACUGGGCUCUGGGCCUUGUUCUUUGCCCUUAACUCUCUGGAGCCAAGACAUAGGCAGACACCUGUGACACUGGUGCCAAAUCCAGCUGUGGCGUCCGGUUUUGGGACGAAAAUCAGCCCGGCCCAAGUUGUAAAUCUGUGAGGAGAAGCGCAGCAGGCGUCGGUGUCCGUACGGCCAGUCCAUGUGGUCAGCAGACCGGGAAAGGCAGUUCUCCUCGUGGGCACAGUACAGCAGGCUGAGCGGGCGGUCUUCCAAGUAGGCCGUCUCCUGCACUAGCUGGGCGUUCAUCACCAGGUCUGGAGCACCUGAGUGGCAGAGCGUGGCAGUGAGGCCAAGGGUAGGAAAGCAGUCCGUCUUGUCUCCUGCAUGGAGCAUGGGCUUGCCCCCAGACAAAGGACAGUUUAAGAGUCAGGAGAUGAGAGUUCUAAUAACAGUAGCAGGAGAAACCAGUCACUAACCCAGGAGGUAGCCAGCUAUAGUGUCAGAAAAGGCCAGGCCCUGUGGGUUCACUUUUGGCUUCAUUUCUGACUGCCAUUUACCAGCUGUGUGACUGCUUAACGUUUUUGCCUGUCAUUUUUGUUAGCUGUAAGCUGCAGAGAAUAAUAGUGCUAUUGAUAUCAUAAUACCCAUAAUGUGCUUAGAUCAGUGUCUGGCCCACAGUAAACAAGCAAUUGGUAAAAGGUAGUAUUUCUUUGUAAAUACUUUUCAACCUGUACAAGUACCUGUGUGUAGCCUAAGCCACACAAUCAUCUCAGAGAGAUCUGCUGCUGCCCAGCUUGGUGACUUUAGCCAAGUCACUGUCUCUCUCAGGGCCUCAGUUCCUUGAGUGUAAGGGACUGGGCAGAGAGGGAGGACUGGAAGGGAGAGGUGGGGAGCUUAUCUUUCUGCCUGGUCUUGAGUUCUUCCCUGCUAGUCUGUUCUGCAGCUCAUAGGUCCACGCUUACGCCAGGGUGCCUGUUCCAACCUGGUGGCUCUCACAGGUGUCCCCGUAUAGUUCUCUUUGAGGCAUCCUGGGCAUUUCAGAUGCUUUUCUGUGCAUAAAUACCUUACUUACAUGCUGGUGUCUGUGGCUCAGUGCCUUUCCCUUUCCUUCCCUGUUGCAGGAGCUCUUGCCCUCCCCUAAAACCACAUGGCUUUGCACCAUCACUGCACCUCCAUGUGUCACUACAGAAGUGUGCAGCAACACAGCUGUUGCUGUUUAACUCAGAAGAGAAGAGUUGCCCAUUUACAGUGCUUGCUUGUGCAAAAACACAGGGUUACUGUGUAGGUAUUUUGGCAAAGGCAUCCUGUGGGUGCCGACAAAAGUGGGAAGGGGGCACUGGUUUAUUUCCAUGGAUAGGCAUUGAGAGUGGGAGUGAGGAUUUGGCUGGUUCGCUGUACGAUGCAAAAAUGCUGUCAAAAUUUCUGUGAUAUAUUUUGGAGAGAGCCAGGAUAUGCCCACUGACAAACCCUGAAGGAAAGAAGGAGGACUUUCAGGGAAUGAGGAGAGUCAAGGAAGGAAAGAAAUGAGCAAAGUCAGAGAGGAGAAACAGGGGUGACUACGGAAGCUGUCUAGUACAUGUGCCCAGCUGUUGGGAAAUACAAAAUGCAUUCGAGAACAGAGCUGCCACCAUGUUCCCAGGGAGAGUCAGCAUGCUGUGAGGCCUUGCUGCUGGGCGGGCCCACUCUGCAGGGGAGGGUGUACUGAGUGGCCCCGAGUUUUUACCAGGGUGGAGUGGGCCAAGAGGAAGCCUAGAGCUCACUGACAAGUGUUAAGGGUGUGUGGGGGUUGAAGUCUGGCUAUAAAGGUCAAGUGGCCACUUGAGUUGGUGCCAGCUGUAGCCGUUAAACUAAGUAUAGUUAUCUUCGACAUGAUUGGCGAUGUCAAACAGGUGAUGAGAGUCUAGGUUUGUGGAGCACACCCAUGUCACAGAGUGGUCUUGUCCUAAAUCCUUUAAGAUAAAUCCCUCAGCUCAGGAACAGAACACAGCUGGCCUUGGGUCCCUGGGGUGCCUCACACUUACAUAUCUUCCACAAUAGCUUUCUAACUUUUUUUCUCACAAACCACAGUAAGAAAUAUAUUUUCUGUUGUAGCCUAGCACACACACACCUCUCCAAGAAAAAAAAAUACCACCAUUACUAAAUACAUAUUUUCUAUUCUGUUUCAUUGUUUUUCAACUGUUGGUCACAACCUCAAAAUUGAAAAAUC